UGGGCCCAGCCUGAGGCUGCGACAGACCUGGCCUAGCCCUCUGGGAGCCCAGGAUGGGGACCUCGGCUGGGGCCCUGUCCUCCCUCCUGCUGGGAAUACUGCUCACAUCCACCCCGGGGGCCCUGGGUGCCAACCCUGGCCUGGUCGCCAGGAUCACCGACAAGGGCUUGGAGUAUGUGGCCCAAGAGGAGCUGGUGGCUCUGCAGAGUAAACUGCAUGAUGUCACACUGCCCGACUUCAGUGGGGACGCCAAGAUCAAAUACCUCGGCAAUGCGCACUAUGAAUUCCACAGCCUGAACAUCCACAGCUGUGAGCUGCUCGGCUCUGCUCUGAAGCCCCUCCCCAGCCACGGCCUGCAUUUCUCCAUCUCCGACUCCUUCAUCAGAGUCAAGGGCAAGUGGAAGGUGCGCAAGCGGAUACUGAAACUAGAUGGCUCCUUUGAUGUGACAGUCAAGGGCAUCACCAUUUCAGUCAAUCUUCUCUUGGGCAGCGACCCCUCUGGGAGACCCAAGGUCGCUGUUUCUAGCUGCAGCAGCGACAUCCGUGAUGUGGACGUGCACGUGUCGGGAGAUUUGGGGUGGCUGCUGAAUCUCUUCCACCAUCAGAUCGAGUCCAAGUUCCGAAGGGUAUUGGAGAGCAAGAUUUGCAAAAUAAUCCAGAACUCGGUGACCUCUGACCUACAGCCUUACCUCCAAACUCUGCCAGUCACCAUGGAGAUGGACAUUUUCGCUGGGAUUGAUUACAGCUUAAUGGAGGCCCCUCAGGCAACAGCGGAAAUACUGGACGUGAUGCUUAAGGGUGAAAUUUUUAGCCGUGAUCACCGCUCCCCGGUUGCCUUCCUUGCGCCUGUCAUGAGCCUUCCAGAAGAACACAGCCGAAUGAUCUACUUUGCCAUCUCUAAUUAUGUCUUCAACACCGCCAGCCUAGUUUAUCACAAAGUGGGAUACCUGAACUUUUCCAUCACAGAUGACAUGGUUCCGCCUACUUCUAACAUCCGACUGACCACCAAGUCCUUCCGCGCCUUCUGCCCCCGGUUAGCCAGGCUGUACCCCAACAUGAACUUAACGCUCCAAGGCACAGUGGUCUCUGCCCCGUUCCUGAACUUCAGCCCUGGGAAUCUGUCCUCAGCUGCCCAGAUGGAGAUUGAGGCCUCUGUGCUCCUGCCCAACUCCGUCAAGGAGCCCGUCUUCCGGCUUGGUGUGGCCACUAAUGUGUCUGUCAUGUUGACCUUCAACACCAGCAAGAUCACUGGAUUCCUGAAGCCAGAAAAGAUACAAGUGGAUCUGAAAGAAUCUAAAGUUGGAGUAUUCAAUGUGGAGCUGUUGGAGGCGCUGCUCAAUUACUACCUUCUCAGCACCCUCUACCCCAAGGUCAAUGAUAAGUUGGCAGAAGGCUUCCCCCUCCCUCUGCUAAAGCGUAUUCAACUCUAUGACCCUGUUCUCCAGAUCCACAAGAAGUGGCACCUCUAUGGGGGCAGGAGGGAUUUGACACAACCUGUGUCACAACUUUCCACCCCCCACCGCCCCGCCCCCCGGCCGUGGGUGACGUGGGAGAACCUCAAGACCAGCUCGUUUUAAAAAUACAGCAAUCCUAGUAAUGCCAACAGCUCAGGUUCUGAAAGCCAUUUGUAAGUUUUUAAAAUUUCUUCUAAUUUCUUGGGAAUUCCCUGGUGGCCCAGUGGUUAGGACUCGGCACUUUCAUUGCUGAGGGCCCGGGUUCAAUCCCUGGUCUGGGAACUGAGAUCCCACAAGCCGUGUGGUGAGGCCAAAAUUAAUUAAUUAAUUAAAUAAAAUAAAAUUUCUUCUAAUUUCUUAAGUGGAAGAGCUUUGAUGUAUUAAUAGAUACAUGUUUGGUGUGCUGUCCCUCAGAGACCCAUUGCCCCACCACACUCAUAGCUUGACUUCUGGUGUACUUCCUUCCAGCCUUUUGUCUCCUCCAAGCAUUUUUUGAAAUUGUUUUCUUGUUAUGGAUAGUUGCCUUGCUAGCGCUCAGACCUGUUUUCUUUUGGUUGCAGUCUAGUCUCCCUUCCCCCCACCAAUGUUAAAUUCUGUCCCAAGCAUGCAAGGGACCAUAAUUUACUUAACUAUUUGAAUACCGAGGAAUAUGUCUGAUUCUUCACCAGACUCUCCACGCUUCUGACCAAGCAUUUUAUGCACCAUCUGUGCCCCACAGUUCAGGUUAUCUUUCUAGAAGAGCAUCCGUAAGGUGGGAUGACUGGGUUGGCAGGCUUGUGAGCAUUAAAGGAGAUGCUGCUUUGUGCCUGGUACAUAGUCAACAUCCAGCAAACAACAGCUACUAAAGAGAGGGACAGGCAGCAGAGUGAUAGGAACAUUGAAACAGAGAUCAACUGAGACAUUUGAAAAACAAAUAUCCCGAGCCCUUUUGUGUCCAGAGAUACUCAACAUCCAACUAUUGUUGAGAGUUUAUAAGGAGUGAGACAGAUCAUUGUUCAAAGCAAGGACUGAGUGACGAUUCAUGCAGCUGGCCUCAGUUUUCUCCCGUGUAAAGUGGGGUGUAGCCCAGACCUCACUGGGCAGUUAUGAAGAUUAGAGCUUCUAGCUCAGUUUGGCACCAUGGAAGUCAUUAGAAAUUUGUUAGAUUGACCCUUGAACAACACGGGUUUGAAUGGCCCCAUGUCCGUGUAUACGCAGGUUUUUUUCAAUAAUAAAUACAAUACUAUGGUACUACACCAUCUCUGCAGUUGGUUGAAUCUGUGUAUGAGGAACUGCGGCCGCGAGGAACGGCGGAUACGGAGGGCUGACUCUAAAUUAUACGUGGAUUUUCCCACCCAUCGGUGCCCCUAACCCCGCAGUUGUUCAGCGGUCAACUGUAUAUACUAUCAUAUCCAAUAAAAAUUUGAGGUCAGCUCUGCGCAUGUGUUUGACCCCCAAAGGCAGGGGAUGGUUGCUGUGGGAAAGAAUUGGAUUUUGCUCUGAGUUCAGAAUUCCCACCCCUUUGGUGAUGGAAACUUAUGAGGAAGUAGGAGAAUAAACCCCAGCAGCUCACAGUUUGGUCUUAUUCACCAAGGAGAGAGAAUUUAGGUGACACAGGGGACAUUUAUGAGGUCUGCCAGGAAGCAGCAGCUUGGGAGAUGACAGAUUAAUUGCCACCUUAGAGAAGGUAGCUGGCAAAAGCUGUGCUUUAUGGAGACCUUGGGAACAGAGGCACACGCUCGUUUUAUGCACUGACCUGCUUUCUGGCAGAGCUUGUGCUUCCCCAGACGUGGGCCUCCCUUUAAAUCAGAGAUGCAUCUUUUUGGAGUAGAGGAUGCUUUUACCAUCCUG